AGGUCUUUCAUCGUUCGCUCUGCUCCUCCGCUUUUGUUCCCUCGUCGCGGCUUUGCGCUUCGUUCAUGGAGAUCUGAGCUUUUCUUUUCCAGAGGAGAUGAAACGAGAAUCUGUCAUCGGAAAUGUCGCCAAGGAUCUCGGGAUUAAUCCGAAGAUUUUAUCCUCCAGAAAGGCGCGUCUGGAUUUUGAGGGGGCUCGGAGACGCUUCUGUGACAUCAACAUGAACACCGGAGAUUUAAUCACAUCGGAGAGAAUUGACAGAGAAAGCCUUUGUGGAAAGAAGCCGUCGUGCGUCGUGAAUGUUGAUCUGGUUUUAGAAACCCCGUUAGAGCUUCACCGUGUUAGUCUCCAUAUUCAGGAUGUUAAUGAUAAUUCACCGAAAUUUAGAGAAAACGUGAUUGAAAUGGAAAUUGGAGAAUCAGCAGACAAAGGAAAUCGCUUUUCAAUCCAGGAGGCCCAUGACGCAGAUAUCGGACAGAAUGCAGUUCAGAGAUACACGCUGCAGAAAAAUGAGAAUUUUAUUCUUUCCGUUGAAAACAACAAAGUAGAACUGGUGUUGGAGAACACACUUGACCGUGAAAAAAAAAAUGAAUUGAAUGUGGUCUUGACAGCUGUGGAUGGUGGAUCUCCGCAGAGAUCAGGUACAGUAAUCAUUCACGUUACUGUACUGGAUGCAAAUGAUAACGCCCCAGUUUUUAGUCAAGAUGUUUAUAAAGCCACUCUUCCUGAAAACUCUCCUCCAGAUACUUUAGUGAUCACAGUUAGUGCGACUGAUGCAGAUGAAGGAGUGAACGCAGAUGUGACGUAUCAGUUCGGACACGUGACUGAAGAUGAUGUACAUGUGUUUUCUAUCGAUCAGAAAACUGGAGAAAUCAGAUUAAAUGGAUUGAUUGACUAUGAAGAAAUGACAUCAUUUGAAAUAAGAUUGGAAGCCAAAGAUGGUUUAGGACUAACUUCUUAUGCUAAAGUUCUAAUAGAAGUUACUGAUGUAAAUGACAACCCACCGGUGAUUUAUUUGAAGUCUCUGUCCAGCUCCAUCCCAGAGAACGCCCCUCCUGGUACAGAGGUGGGCAUCAUUAACGUGCAGGACAGAGACUCUGACAAGAACGGACAGGUCCGCUGCUCCAUUCAAGGCAACGCUCCUUUUAAGUUGGUUCCUUCCAUCAAAAACUAUUAUUCUGUGGUGAGCACAGGACAGCUGGACCGGGAACUAGUGUCUGAUUACAACAUUAGCAUCUUUGCCACUGACGAGGGCUCUCCACCUCUGUCCUCGUCUAAAAGUGUUCACUUAUCUGUAGCUGACAUCAACGACAACCCACCUGUGUUUGAGGAACAGUCGUACAGCGCAUAUGUGAGCGAAAACAACCAAGCUGGCUCCACUUUAUGUCGGGUGAGCGCUCGAGACCCCGACUGGAGACAAAACGGUACAGUGAUUUAUUCUCUGUUAGCUGCUGAGGUGAACGGAGCCCCGGUGUCCUCCUAUGUGUCUGUGAACGGAGACACGGGGCUGAUCCACGCUGUCAGGUCGUUUGAUUAUGAACAGUUGAGGAGUUUUCAAGUGCAGGUGAUGGCCAGAGACAACGGUUCUCCUCCGCUCAGCAGCAACGUGAGCGUGAGUGUGUUGAUCUGGGAUGUGAACGACAACUCUCCUCAGAUUCUGUACCCCGCCCCGGAGGGCAGCUCCUUCAUGACCGAGCUGGUCCCCAAAGCUGCACACGGAGGCUCUCUGGUGUCCAAAGUGAUCGCGGUGGACGCCGACUCUGGACAGAACGCCUGGCUGUCCUAUCAUAUAGUCAAAUCCACUGAUCCGGGACUUUUCACCAUCGGUCUGCACAGUGGAGAGAUCAGGACGCAGCGGGACAUUUCCCAAUCUGACAGCAUGAAACAGAACCUGAUUGUGGCAGUCAAAGAUAACGGACAGCCCUCUCUGUCUGCCACCUGUGCCAUGUAUUUACUCAUCUCCGAUAACUUGGCUGAGGUGCCAGAACUCAAGGAGAUUUCUUACGAGGAGAAGAACUCCAAACUGACUUCCUAUCUGAUCAUCGCUCUGGUUUGUGUGUCCACCUUCUUCCUGACCUUCAUCAUCAUCAUCUUGGGUGUGAGGUUUUGUCGCAGGAGAAAGCCCCGACUCUUGUUUGAUGGAGCAGUUGCCAUCCCCAGCGGUUAUCUGCCUCCUAAUUACGCAGAUGUUGACGGCACAGGAACUUUACGCAGCGCUUACAAUUAUGACGCCUACCUGACAACAGGAUCUCGAACCAGUGACUUUAAGUUUGUGUCUUCUUACAAUGACAACACGCUGCCUGCUGACCAGACUCUCAGGAAGAGUCCUACUGACUUUCUGGAGGCUUUUGAUGACUCUACUGAUGCAUCCCAGGUAGGAACUCAUGCUAUGCUAUGGACGUUUUAUAUUUUUAUUUAGAUUCUUGUAUUACUAUUUUUUAUUUUAUUUUUAUUUAUUCUUUGGGCCUUUACUAUUUUCAUUUGAAGGGGUAUUAAAAAAAUUGUUGUUGGAAACACUUUAACAUUUCACUGCCGGUUGACGAGUCUCCAAGUGAAAUUCCUUCCAACACAAUUGAUUCAUUUAGAGUUUUGAUACUCAUUCUGUGUCAGGAAGAUUUUUGUUUUCUGUUUUUUGGAUUGCUCCCUAAGCAGUUUUCUCCUACUUUUGAUCUAUUUUAAAUUCCUAAAUAUUUUUUUUGCAAGAUGUGGUGGUGUUCAUGCUAGUACGAUGUGGGUUUCUUGUAUUUUACUUUACUUACUUAAUUAACUCGUUGAAUCUGUUUUGGGGGGAGGGGGUAGCUGGAGCCUGCUACGGCCACUGUUGGGAAAAGACUUGGUACACCUUGGAGAAAUCACAAGUCUGUCUGGCCAACAGUCACUCAUACACAAACACACACAAUCACAGCUAUGGCCACUUUAGCUCAGAUGAGUUUUUUUUUUUUUUUUUACUUUGGGAGUGAGUCAGAGAGGCUGGAGAAACCCCAUGCAUGCAGGAGGAGAACACAAUGAAAUGAGAACGCCCCACAGAACGGUCGCUGCUUGAAUCAGGUUCUGUUUGCUGUCAGACGAGAGCGCUAACUAUUGUGCUACUGUGCAGCGUUGGUUACUUGUAUCUUUUAAAUAUGAUUCUGAAAAAGAUGAAGUUUUUCUGGAUCUUUUUGUUCUAUUUUUAA